AUGACCCGCACGGGCUCCCCUACCUCACUUCCAAAGGAUCUCGCAAAGGUCCUCGCAGCCUUUACCCUCGUCUUUCACACCACUUUUGACCUCUCAUAUUCUUUCGCAUACCCUCUGGCCUCUUCUCACACCUUCUGUCUGAUUACCGUGCCUUCUGUCCCACCCUGGCAAGGGGACGGGGCUCCACUCCUGCAUCGAUAA